CCUUGGCCUUCCUUGACCUGGCCUCUCCCUCCCUGCUAGGAUGGAGCUGAGGUCUGAGAUGCCCAAUGUGCCCUCGGCGCCGCCUUCGGUGCCUCCCAGUUCGGUGGCUGCAGCCGCGGCGGCCGCAGCGGCCAGCCUGCCGGUGAGUGUGGCCGGGAGUCUGCUGCGGGCGCCGCCGUUGCUCCUGCGAGCGGCCGAGAAGUACCCCCGCACGCCCAAGUGCGCUCGCUGCCGCAACCACGGCGUGGUGUCGGCGCUCAAGGGCCACAAGCGCUACUGCCGCUGGAAAGACUGCCUGUGCGCCAAGUGCACACUCAUCGCCGAGCGCCAGCGCGUCAUGGCCGCCCAAGUGGCGUUGCGCCGGCAGCAGGCGCAGGAGGAGAACGAAGCCCGCGAGCUGCAGCUGCUCUAUGGCACUGCGGAGGGGCUGGCUCUGGCCGCCGCCAACGGCAUCAUCCCGCCCCGGCCUGCCUAUGAGGUCUUCGGCUCGGUGUGCACCACAGACGGAGGCGCGGGGGGCUCAGACUCCAAGCUGCAGAAAUUCGACCUCUUCCCCAAGACGCUGCUUCCCAACCGGGCCGUGACUCCGCAACAGGCCAAGCCCUUGUCGCCGGAUGGGGCGGAUGGCGGGCCAGGCACCUCGUCGCCAGAGCCCCCGCGCCACAGCUGCGCCUCGGGCUCGGAGAACGGCGACGGCGAGUCCUCCCUCAGCUCGCCCGCCUCCAAAGGCGCCAAAGACGGCGGCGGCGGCGGCGGCGGCGAGGAGGAGAGCCCGGGCUCCAUCAGCCCUCUGGGCUCGGAUUCCGGCUGCUCGGAGGUGGAGCGGGAAGAGAGCGGCGCCCAGUCGCCCAGCCUGGCCGCCGCAGUAAUGGCUGCAGGGGGCAGCCGACAGCAGCGGACGCCACUGGACAUCCUAACGCGCGUCUUUCCCGCGCACAAGCGCAGCGUGCUGGAGCUGGUGCUGGCCGGGUGCGGCGGGGACGUGGUGCAGGCCAUCGAGCAGAUCCUCAACAACCACCACCGAGGAGGCGCCGGCAGCCCAGGCCAGGCUCUGGCCGCUGCCUCGGGCGGGGCGGACAAGGCGAGCGACGAGAGCUGGUCGCGGGCGGCGGGGGACGCGCCGGGGACUCUGGGCAGCCUGCAGUCUUCGCCCGCCGGCGCCGCCUCGCACCAUCGCCCCCUGCUGGCCGGCGCCAUGACGCCCGCCAUCGGCGCGCUCGGCAGCCGCUCGGCCUUCUCGCCUCUGCAGCCCAACGCCACCCACUUUGGGGCGGCCGCGGCGGCCGAGGCCAGCGCUUACCCGCUGGGCACGCACCUCGGCCUGAGCCCGCUGCGCCUGGCCUACUCGGCGGCGGCGGCGCACAGCAGGGGCCUGGCCUUCAUGACGCCCUACUCCACCGCCGGGCUCAUGCCCACGCUGGGCUUCCGGCCGCCCAUGGAGUACGCCUUCAGCGACCUCAUGCGCGACAGGUCCGCCGCCGCCGCCGCCGCCGCUGCAGCCGCCGCCGCCGCCGCCGCCGCCAGCGCGCACAAGGAGCAGGCCUACCCCAGCGGGCUCUACGGGCCUCUGGUCAGCAGCGCCCCGGAGAAGCAGUAG